UGCAAAAGUCAAGAGCAAUUACAAUAAUUCAAUAAGAGUUUAAAAUCAAUGCCAAGUAUUAACGAUUUCGAAAUAAGAUAUUUUUCGAAACAAUUUUAAAUCAUAUAAGUUUAACGAGAUUUUAGGUCUACAAAGGGUAAAGAGCGGAAAGGAAACGAUCUGUGUGGAAAUUUUAGCCUCUGUUACAAUCAUGGGUCAAGGUGACGGUUCUGGAAUGGGGGCCGGAAAGGGGUCUGGCUCCUAUAAACCUGGAAAGAUGGAGCGGAUGUGGAUUCCAGCCUUACCAAUGCCUAUAGCGGUUGUUUGCUGCGUUUUCAAUUUUCUUAUCCCUGGAUUGGGAACAUUAAUCGCGGGGUUUGGCUCAUUGUGCUGUGCAAAAACUGAUGACAUGAAAGAUUUAUCAAAAGCCAAAAGCUGUUGUUUAUCAAUUGGAGUUUCCUUUUUCCAAUUGGUUGCAGCAGUCUUCUGUCUUCUUGGCUUUUGUUGGAGCUGGUAUUGGGGUGUUUCGUACCUAAUUACGAGUUCCGAAUAUUACAAUAAAAAUAGGAUCGGUGAUAAUGAAGGGGAAACUGCAUUCCCGGGUUCAACGACCACCACGGUCAUUGUUCAACAACCUGCUUUCGUUCCAUUCAAAACUGGCCAGUCUGGUACCAAUCCUGUCUCAGAUGUUACAACACAACAGCCGGUUGCACCUCCACCUUAUCCCUCUGGACCUGAAACCAGCUACGCAAAUCAAAUGGGUCCGCCAGAAAUGGCAAUUUAUCCGCCGCCAAUAACACAUGCAGAUGGAAGUAAAGAGAAAAUUUAGUGCUGAAGAAUUCAAACUUAAAUUAGAGAUUUUAUUAUUGUUAUAUUGUUAUUCAAAGCACAAAUCAAUUCCGAUCACCAAAGACUUAACAAAAAUGUUUUGAUAACCAGUCGAACAUUUGUCGUAGACAGAACUGUUCAUAUUCAUUUUAAUUUCUUGUUUUAUGAAUUCUGGCACAUAUUGAAUCUUUUUUAACACGAUUCACCUUAUUCUAGAUUUUUUCAAAAAAUAUUAACAAUAAGCAUUAGUAUAAAACCGUA